GAGACCUGAAGUUGGAGGCUCGGGGACGGUGAUUCUCGAGAAGGGGCAAUGUCUCCGGUUGUGAGGACAUGAUAAAUGAAAAGUAGGGGGGGUUUUAUGAGGGUAAAAGCGGUGUGGGCCCGCGUUUCCCGGCUUCCUUUUGGAGUGGAACAUAAUGUCUUGGCGUUUGUGCACAGCCUCAAAUCCCCUUGCAAAGCAAUAACAAACAAUAUAUCAACAGUCAUGAUUUUAUGUGUCGCCACCCAAAGCCACAUGAAUUAAUCAGAUCUGCAACG